AACCGUAACCUAAAAAAGGUUCUGUAACAGAUACUACAACAAUAAAAUUCAUGAGGAAAUAUUUCUUUCGUGUAGUUAUGCAGUAUAGAACUUGAUGUGAGCUCAAGUUAUGAAAGUGUAAUCAUCAAAUAUACCAUUUACACUUAACUGAAUAUAAUAAAAUGGUGAUCUUUUGUCUUCUAGGACAGUCAUAGGUAUUACAAUAUAUAUAUACGGUAAAUUUCAUGGACAAAGCAUCACAUUCACCGGUAAUAUGUUCAUCAGUGUUGCCAAUUACUGAAAAAAUGUUUAUUGGUAACUCAAAAAGACCCGCCUAUUCGGUAUUGAUCCAAACUCGAUAUUGUUGUGUACUAGUCCAUACAAACAUUUCAAUAAGAAAAAUAGAUAAUGAACGUCUCCUUAACGUUCGAGGUUUUACUUUAUUUGAAUUCUUACUAUUUCGGUUUGUUUGCAGUUUGCGAAUUAGGAAUGAAUGCCGUGAAGUAUAUUAAUUUUGAUAAUUUGCAUCAUUUUUCUACUGACUUCGGUGUGUUGUUAAGUAUAUGUUUCAUAGAAAUAUUGAGAGUAAUUUUAGCUAGACGGGGGAAUCUCACUGAAAAAAAGUGGCCAGUGAUACUGGGAAUAUUACUAACGAUUCCAUCUGUGCUAGGUGUUGUGUAUUUAAUGAUUUGGCAAAGUGAAAUAUUACGUUUUGAAUACAUUAUAUGUGCUAUGCAAUUAGGAUUCUGUAUUGCAGAAAUUGUUACUGGGGUAUUGUGUCUCUUUUCUUGUUGUCAAACUCCUGAUUAUUAUUAAUAUUGAAUAAAUAUAUAAGCGUUAGAUUUUUCAAAA